AUGAACAGCACUUGCAGCACCGUCUCCUGGCCCCCUGGGCUCAAGCACGUCUUUGUCACCUACUCGGGCACGCUGAUGGUGCUGGGCCUGCUGCUCAACGGCCUGGCGCUCUGGGUGUUCUGCCGCCGCAUGCGGCAGUGGACGGAGACCCGCGUCUACAUGACCAACCUGGCCGUGGCCGACCUCUGCCUGCUCUGCUCUCUGCCCUUCAUGCUCUUCUCCCUGCAGCACACCUCCGACACCCCGCUGUGCCAGCUCUCGCAGGGAAUCUACCUGGCCAACAGGUACAUGAGCAUCAGCCUGGUCACGGCCAUCUCCGUGGACCGUUACGUGGCCGUGCGGCACCCGCUGCGUGCCCGAGGGCUGCGCUCCCCGCGGCAGGCUGCGGUGGUGUGUGCGGCACUCUGGGUCCUGGUCCUAGGCUCCCUGGUGAUCCGCUGGCGCCUGGGGCUGCAGGAGGGCGGCUUCUGUUUCCGGAACUACGCCCGGCACGACUUCGGCACCACCACUUUCUCACUACUGGGCUUCUACCUGCCCCUGGCUGUGCUGGUGUUCUGCUCUCUGCAGGUGGUGACUGCGCUGGCCCRGAGGCCAGCCUCCGAAGCCGGCCAGGUGGAGGCCACCCGCAGGGCUGCCCGCAUGGUCUGGGCCAACCUGGUGGUGUUUGUAGUCUGCUUCCUGCCGCUGCACGUGGUGCUGACGGUGCAGGUGGCCACGGGCCUGUCCUCCUGUGCAGAGCGCAAGGCCUUCAGCCGGGCCCUCUUCAUCACCAGCAAGCUCUCGGACGCCAACUGCUGCCUGGACGCCGUCUGCUACUAUUACAUGGCCAAGGAGUUCCAGGAGGCCUCCGCGCUGCCCAUGCCCGCCGGCACCAAGGCCCACAAGAGCCAGGACUCUCUGAGCCUCACCCUCACCUAG